AUCUUCCUCGCUCUUACUAGGGAAAUCAAAAUCAAAAAUCCCCAAACCCUAACCCUCAUCCAUUUGCGUUUAAAUCUCUCUCUUAGAUAAUCGUUAAAAUUUCCCAUUUUUCCUGACAGGGCCGUUAUCUUUGGCGCGUGGAGUCGGCCGAGGUUGCGCGUAGGAGCCACGCUCCGCCUGAUUCAUGUUUCUCUGGUUAUCAAUUUUGACAAAUUCGCGCCGGAAAGCCGCCGGAAUUUUACCGGGUUCGGCGGAAUUUACAUGGCGUCAGCAGUAUUAGCGAAUCGAAACGAAGCCAAUUGGACUCAGCCACGCGGUGGUGCUAAAUUCAUGGGCAAAGUCCCUUUUUCAAACCCUAACCCUAACCCUAAUUCUAAAUUUUCGAAAAAACGCCAAUUUCAAUCGGCGGCGGCAGCUCCUCCUCCAGUCAACUUUGAUAUUCAUCCGGCAGCCUCAUCAGAUGAUGCGUCAUCGAUAAAUCGGAGACCGGCUGCCACGGCCAGCGAUUUCAACAGUUAUGUUACCUUUAAUAUUGGUUCCUACUCGAAAAAAGAGCUUCUGGAGCUAAAGAGUCGAUUGGUAGCAGAACUAGAACAGAUCCGGCAAUUAAAGAAUCGAAUCGAUUCAUCGCAGUCAUUUCAGAUCAGAUCCACGCCCAAUUUUAACGGCAAGAAACAAAACAAGAAAGUAACAGGCAACAAAAGGCCAUUUCCCUCAGCGACAACGAACUAUGGGUUUGUCGCUAAAGAUGUCAAAAGAUCCGAUCUUUAUAAUAGUCAUCCGGAGAAUGUGCAAUUGAUGAAGAAAUGUGGUCAGAUGUUGACGAAAUUGAUGAAGCAUAAGUUUGGUUAUAUCUUUAAUGAGCCUGUUGAUGUUGAGAGAAUGAAUCUUCAUGAUUAUUUUGAAAUAAUCAAGAAACCUAUGGAUUUGGGUACUGUGAAAAAGAAAUUGGGGAGUAACGAGUACGAGUCGCCUAUUGAUUUUGCUGCUGAUGUUAGAUUGACUUUCAACAAUGCAAUGAAGUAUAAUCCUAAAGGGCAUGAGGUUUAUACUUUUGCUGAGCAGUUUUUGUCAAGAUUCGAGGAAUUGUUUCGGCCCAUUAGAGAGAAAUUGGGUGAUUUUGUUCUUGAUGAUGAUCAAGAUCAGAUUGUGCAUCAUGAUCGUGAGAUUGAGCAUGAGCAGGAGCAUGAGCAUGAGCAGGUUCAUGAAGUGCAAGCUAGCUCUUGGGAUCAUCAUAGCUUGAAUCGCCGGGGUGGCAGUGGGGAUAUUGAAAGGGUUAAGAAAGAUCAAGAAAAUGUGUUACAGAUUACGAGUAAAUCUGAUCAUCCUAUUGGAAAGUCAGUUCCACCCAGUGUGUUGUCUAAUCCACAAUCUACAUCACAAUUGCCUGUUAGGACUCCAUCGCCAAUGCGAGCUCCUCCAGUUAAGCCUGUGAAGUUACCCAAGCCUAAGGCAAAAGAUCCUAAUAAGAGAGAGAUGUCUCUUGAGGAGAAACAUAAGUUGGGGAUUGGGUUGCAGAGUUUACCUCAAGAGAAGAUGGAGCAAGUGGUGCAGAUUAUAAGGAAAAGGAAUGGGCAUUUGAGGCAGGAUGGGGAUGAGAUUGAAUUAGAUAUUGAAGCUGUUGAUACAGAGACUCUUUGGGAGCUUGAUCGGUUUGUGACUAAUUAUAAGAAGAUGGUUAGCAAGAUUAAACGUCAGGCGUUAAUGGGCAUCGCACCUACCGGUAAUGCUGUUAGCGAAGGCAACAAGGAUGUAUCUGUAAAUGAAAGAAUAGAUAUAACUGAGGCAAAGAAGCCAAAGAAAGGUGAUGCUGGGGAUGAGGAUGUGGACAUUGGUGAUGAGAUGCCGAUGAGCAGUUUCCCACCAGUAGAGAUUGAGAAGGACAAUGGUCAUGCCAGUAGCAGUUCUAGCAGCUCCAGUAGUUCAAGUGAUGAAUCCUCCUCGUCAAGCGAUUCUGAUUCAGGAAGCUCAUCAGGGAGUGAUUCUGAGGAUGCACAUUCAUAGGAGACAUUGAAAUUGAAGGUUGUGGAGUAUGCUUUGUACAAGCUCUGCAGAGUAGGUUCUUGAGGUUUCAAAUUGUCUUGGAUAUGGCAGAGGUACUGCAUUUUAUUUAGCUUUGGAAAAAACUAUAUCUUGAUUUUGGAAAAUAGCAGUAGUAGCCUGAUGAGGCUUGCAAACGUGUUUUGUACAGGGAGAGAGGGUUCUCAACUGUGUUGUUUGUUGGUUGCACUUCUGGGAAAAAUUGAUGGAAUUGGUAGGAAAGGGAUUUACAGUGGCUGGAGACUGGAACUCUUGGAAGAAACAAGGCUUUUGUGUAAAAAGAUGAAUUAAUUUGUAGGUUAGGUUAGGAAAUGUAGUGAAAAGUUUAGGAGAUGGUUAGGGCUUUAGAGGAGAGAUGAACAUUAGAUUGAUGAAUUACUUUGUACACAUUACAAUGCUUAAUACAAGCUUUUUAGCGUCCAA